GCUCAGCUCCUGUAGAGACAGCUCUGCUCCCGGUGCCCCAGGGCUGCUCUCAUCCCCUGGAAACCUGCCCGUGUGGUGCCCAUCGGCCACCCAGUGACCCCCAGUCACGGGGCUCGGCCACACCUGUGCCAUUCACAACUGUCUUCACCUGCCAGCGGGAAGGAGGAAGAGCAGGAAGAAGGGGAGGGAAGGAGGAGGAAGAGAGAGGGAGGGAGGGAAGGAAGGAGGCUGCAUUUAGCACCUACCCCUGGGCAGCUAGAGCCAGACGGCUGACGGCCACCGCAGGAGAGACUCACAAUGUCCUCAGCAACUUCCUCUGCCUCUUUGCCCAGCGGCCUGAGUGUCCUGACGACUUUCCCAGAUGUGCUCUUCAUUCCUGAAAUCAUCUUUGGGGGCCUUGUCUGGAUCCUGGUGGCGUCCUCGAAGGUCCCGGCACCCAUACUGCAAGGCUGGGUGAUGUUUGUCUCUGUGUUCUGCUUCGUCAUGUCCACCGGCCUCCUGUGCCUCUACAUCUGCGGGGCGCACGGGGGCAGCAGCUCCUGGGUCGCCUUGGAUGCCAUCUGCCAGGUGACAGCGGCUCUGUUCUACCUCAGCGCUUCCGUGCUGGAAGCCUUCUUCACCUAUAGCAUCGGCUUGUUUUCUGCCAGCCCUCUGGUGAUGACCAUCUACCAGGAGAACAUUGCUGCUGUGGUAUUUGCAUUCUUGGCUACCCUGAUGUACGUGAUCCAUAAGGUGUACUCGCUCCUGCGAUGGAAAUCAUCCUAAGAGCCUCCUCCCCUCCCAAGUGUGUCUUGUGGUCACCCCAUGAAUGCAAAAAUUGUGCGACGACUGCGGUUUCCAGGCUGGGUUUGGGUUUUGAUUUUUGAUGUAUAUACUAUAAACAAGCAGCUUUUUAUGUGGGACCAUGGCAACGAAGACAAAGGGUCUGCCAGAGAAGGCAAUAUCCUGGUGCAAUCUGUUUCCCUUCCGUCUCUUCUGGGUUGGGUACAGUUUGAUGCUGGUAAAAUUGGGGCCCAAAUAGAAAAAUAUCCAGUUUUAAAAAGAUAAAAAUAAAAAUGUAGAUGGAUUCAAAGUGCUAAAAUCUCCCUGAACCACACCUUUAUGCCCCCAGGGUUGUUACUGCUGGUGGGGGAAGCCUGGACAACCAGCACUAACAAACAGGAGUAUGAAACCUGGUCAUGUUAAUUGCUGCCCAUCCAUGUGAGCCUGUUUUCCUCCCUAAACCUGCUGUGCCAAAAGAACAUUUUCAUGCAGUUUCCGGAAAGGCCAUCUAUGACUUGUGAUGAGAAACGGGGGUGAUAUUUAACUUGCCUCAGGGCAACAGGAGUUAUGGCAACCCCUGAAAGGCAUUGAUGAAUUAUGAGGCGUGAGCAUAAUGCCAGCAAUUAAUUACCGCUGCCUUAUAAUCACCCCCUGCAAAAUACCACUGGGAAGGUGCAGGGCAGACUGUAGGAGGGUUGUAGGGAUGACUGGAAUAAGAGCCAAACAACUCUUUGGUGCCUGGCUGCUCUCGCACACCCCAGCACUACGUUGCUAAGAGAGAUGGGUUUGCUGUGAUUUUGCAAACAGACAAGAGUCGUUUCUGCCAUUUUUCUCUUUGCUGUGCAGCCCUGGGGGCACUGCCCUGGGCCACGGCGAUGCCUGAGGAGGAGGCACAGGCUUGGGCAGGAAUUCAGAGGGCUGUUCUGGGAAGGGGAGCCUGUGCCCAGGCCAGGGGCUAAACUAACUCGGGUUAAUCUCAGUGACAAUGUUCACCUGAAUGCUUAAAUUACUCCAGAGCGUUUACUUGAGCGAGCGUGCUGGUCUGGGCUGGGAUGGAGUUAACUUUCUCCACAGUAGUGAGUAUGGGGCACUGCUUUGGAUUUGUGCUGGAAAUUCAGAGAUGUUUUCGUUAUCCCCGAGUAGUGCUCUUGCGGAGCCAAGGCCUCUUCUGCUCCUCACCCCACCAGUGAGGGCUGGGGGUGCACAAGGAGCCGGGAGGGGACACAGCCAACCCACGAGAUGUUCCAUACCCUACAAUGUCAUGCUCAGCAACAAAAGCUGGGGGAAGAAGGAGUGACGUAUGGAGUUGUGGCAUCUGUCUUCCCAAGUAACCAUUAGGUGUGAUGGAGCCCUGCUUCCCUGGGGGUGGACAACCACCUCCCUGCGAUGGGAAGUGGUGAACGAAUCCCUUGUUUUGCUUUGCUUCUGUGUGUGGCCUUUGCUUUACCUAUUAAACUGUCUUUAUCAGCCCA